AUGCAGAUGUCGAACACGAGGCAACCCACAAUGAAGAAUGGUAAAUAUGACGGAUACUCUAUCAUCAAUAUAACUGCAAGAAUGUUGAACAUGAGGUGGCCGAUAAUGAAGAAAGAUUACUCGACUCAGUUGAAGGGUGCAGAUGUCGAACACGAGACGGCCCACGAUGAAGAAAGGUAA